AGUCUGGAGCUUACUAUAAAGUUAGACAUUCCAGUCAAGAGGGAGAGCAGAAAGGGAUCGAACCAUGAAGGAGGACCUGAAGUUAAACAUGACCGCUGAUGACUGCAUGAAACCCAGCGACAAAGAGAAAACAAGAAUAAAGAUGAAAAACUUGAGAAACAGAAUCGGACUCUUCUUGAAGAUAAACAUACCUCAUUCCAUGCACAACAAAUCGCACAGGCCGACCGCAGACGAUGUGAGCCAGUGGGCGCAGUCGCUUGACAAACUUCUGGGUCAUAAAUACGGCAAAGCGGCUUUCUGCAUCUUCUUGAAGACCGAGUUCUGCGAGGAGAACAUCGAGUUCUGGACGGCGUGCGAGGACUUCAGGAAGCUCUCCUCACACCAGGAGUUGACAUCCAAAGCCAAAAGCAUUUACGAGGAAUUCAUCAAAAACGAAGCCCCCAAAGAGGUCAACCUGGACUUUUCCACAAAAAACAAAAUCAUCCAGAGUCUCCUGGAUCCGAAUGCAACCAGCUUUCUGGCAGCUCAGAGAAAAAUCUACAGCCUGAUGGAGAACAACUCCUACCCGAGGUUCAUUCUGUCCGACCUCUACCAAGAACUGUACGCAGCUGCGAAGAGAAGACACAACUUCUGAUUAAUUGACUCUUGACUACGCGGAUCCCCUCCCAGGGACCCGACAACUGAGCAUAAUCAAUCGAGACCUACUCAGUGGCCUAGUGGUUAGAGUGUCCGCCCCUGAGAUCGGUCGGUUGUGAGUUCAAACCCUGACCAUAACUUAACAAAACAUGAUCCGGGCCACGGAUCAUGACAGUACCUCCCCCCGUGAGGACAGAUUCCAGAUGUCCACAAAAAAAACAAGUUCAACAAUCACGGGAGGGCGGAGGGAGGACUUGGCCAAGUGUCCUCGCAACCAGCAAGGAAGAGUCAGGUGGCGGCGAAGCGUUGAACGCCAGAGAAGCACAAUUCUUGACGGUAUGCAUGGUGUCCCUGGGAUUAAAGGCCUAACUUUAUCUCCUCCAAACAUAUUCCUGGGUGUUGCUGCCAAAUAGCUAAAUUUUUGUUACAUCUGACUACAGAACUUUCCUCCAGAAGGUCUUAUCUUUGUCCAGGGGAUGUCAGAUGAAACAUAAAUCGAGCUGUUUGGCCACAAUAACCAGCAAUCUGUUUGGAGGAGAAAAGGUGAGGCCUUUCAGUGGCCUAGUGGUUAGAGUGUCCGCCCCUGAGAUCGGUCGGUUGUGAGUUCAAACCCUGACCAUAACUUAACAAAACAUGAUCCGGGCCACGGAUCAUGACAGUACCUCCCCCCGUGAGGACAGAUUCCAGAUGUCCACAAACAAAACCAGUUCAACAGUCACGGGAGGGCGGAGGGAGGACUUGGCCAAGUGUCCUCGCAACCAGCGAGGAAGAGUCAGGUGGCGGCGGCGAAGCGUUGAACGCCAGAGGUGCACAAAACAAGAACUAAGGAAGAACAUAACUAAAUAAAACAUGAUCCACCUUUACCACUUUUGACAUGUGUUUGGGGUAAUCGUCCUGUUGGAACACACGACUGCGCCCAAGACCCAACCUCCGGGCUGAUGAUUAUAGGUCGUCCUGAAGAAUUUUCAUUGUCCCAUUUACUCUCUGUAAUGCACCAACUCCAUGGGCAGCAAAACAGGCCCAGAGCGUAAUACUACCACCACUAUUCUUGACGGUAUGCAUGGUGUUCCUGGGAUUAAAGGCCUAACUUUAUCUCCUCCAAACAUAUUCCUGGGUAUUGUUGCCAAAUAGCUCGAUUUUUGUCACAUCUGACUACAGAACUUUCCUCCAGAAGGUCUUAUCUUUGUCCAGGGGAUGUCAGAUGAAACAAAAAUCGAGCUGCAAUCUGUCUGGAGGAGAAAAGGUGAGGCCAUUCAGUGGCCUAGUGGUUAGAGUGUACACCCCUGAGGUCGGAAGGUCGUGAGUUCAAACCCCGGCCGAGUCAUACCAAAGACUAUAAAAAAUGGGACCUUUUAGCUCCCUUGCUUGGCACUCAGCAUCAAAGGUUGGAAUUGGGGGUUGAAUCACUAAAACUGAUUCCUGGGCGCUGGCUCCCCUCACCUUUCAGGGGGUGAACAAGGGUUUGGGCUAAAUGCAGAGGACACAUUUCACCAAACCUCGAGUGUGUGAGACCAUCAUUGGUACUUUGACUUAACUUAACAACUUGAAGGACUUUCGACCGUGGAUUUUUAAACGGGUCUUUCAUUUCUCCCCGAUGGGAUUCUUAAGUGAUAUUUCCCUGGCCGGUCCGUAGAAAUGCAUUGUCAUACUGUGAUCAAAGCACCUGUACGCGCUGAUAUCAACCCAAAGUACGGUGUUUUGCUAAAGUCUUCAGAGCGGGUCGUGACGGUCUGAAGCAACCUGUGAAGUCAGAAUGCACUUUUGACGACACAAGACCGUUAUACGUAUGUUCUUGUCUGGUAUUGAACGGAAAUGUGUUGUUUUUUUUCUACGCAGGAUUAAUAGUUCGGUUCAUCACGAAAAUAACCCUUUGUGAAGCAACUCUUACUACCAGUCUUGCAUAACAAUAAUCAUCAUAAUUAAUUGGAUUUUUAUAAGGCGUUAUUUCAUUUUCAGAACAAUUUACAGUGAAAAAUGAUAAUAAUUAGUCACACCAUGUUGGUAAAUGAAUGAAUUUCACAAUAAGAUGUUUUAAGUGUGCAGAGAGCCUGGCUUUGCAUCCCAAAGUCAGAUCGUCGAUAUUGGUUUCCAUGACUGUUAGUAAACAUGCAUUGCUUGUUUUAUGUCAAUUUUGUUCCGUUCGGACGAGUUUAAAAUGAUUGCCUGGCUAAUUGUCAUUAGCUUGUCUGUUAUAUGUUAGCAUUGAGCUAAGGGCAUAAGAGCCAACUUUUUCCCCCCCAAGUAGGGGAAAAUGUAUCGUUGAUUUGACAUGAUUAAAACAUGUACAUGCACUUUAUAUGUAUGUUAAUGUGAAUUCCAGUGUGUGAGUGAUUUUAUUGUAAUUUCAAGUUGUUUUUUAAUGUCUAAUUUAAAAGACUGUUUUUUGUUUUUCAUAUCUGCCAAACAUUCACGAAGGGCGGAAUAUUGUAUGUAAAUAAAUGAUGUGUAAAUAAA